UGGAGAUGAGCAGACCACAGCUGUGGCUGAUCUGGUGAAGCGCUGUGUGUCAGGGACGUGUGAAUGAACCUGUGUGGAAUGCUGCUCUGCUUGACUGUGGUUCUGCUGCACAGCGGCGUGAUUGACAGCUGAUUUGUCCAACAGGAAGGCUGCGUUUGCGUGCCAGUCCGACCAAUAACAUCACGCGUGUGUACAUCGCGGGGCUUGGGGCCACACCUUCGUUUUAUCACAGCAGCCUGAGUACAGAGAGUUGAACUGCGCCUGCUACUGCGGAGAGGACGUUGUUUUUGUGUGAAUAAUCAAGAUGGCGACCCAGUAUAUGACCAAGAUUGAACUCUGCAUAUCCUGCAAAAACCUUCUAGACAAAGAUAUUGGCUCAAAAUCGGACCCACUGUGUGUUCUGCUGCAGAGUGUGGGGGAUGACAAAUGGACCGAAGUGGACCGCACAGAAAGAGUGAAGAACUGCCAGGACCCAGAGUUUUCCAAAAGACUGUGUAUUGACUACUUUUUUGAAAGGGUGCAAAAACUAAAGCUAGGUAUCUACGACAUUGACAACAAAAGUGUCGACCUUAAAGAUGACGACUACUUGGGAGGUUUUGAGUGUACCCUUGGCCAGAUUGUGUCAAGUAAGAAGAUUACCAAUCCUCUUCAGCUCAAACCAGGCAAACCAGCUGGCAAAGGCACAAUAACGAUUGUCGCAGAAGAAGUGAGGGAUAACCGAGCCAUUGUGCUGGAGACAGAAGCCAAAAAUCUGGACAAGAAGGAUGUGUUUGGCAAAUCUGAUCCUUUCCUGGAGUUCUUUAAGCAGGCUGAUGAUGGCACAUGGCAGCUAGUCCACAGGACUGAGGUCAUUAAGAAUAAUUUGAACCCAUCCUGGAAGAAAUUUGCAGUUUCUCUACAUACUUUCUGUAAUGGAGACCUGAACAAGCCAAUUAAGGUCCACUGCUUUGAUUAUGAUAACGAUGGCUCACAUGAUCUCAUUGGCGUUUUUCAAACUAAAGUGGCUGAGCUUCUGAAAGUAGACAGUGGUUCUACGGUGGAGUUUGAGUGUAUUCAUCCAGAGAAGCAGAAGAAGAAAAAGAGCUAUAAGAAUUCCGGCAUUGUCCGUUUCAAAUACUGCAAGUUAGAGGCACAGUACACAUUCCUGGACUAUGUGAUGGGAGGUUGCCAAAUUAAUUUUACGGUGGGUAUCGACUUCACUGGCUCUAAUGGAGACCCUCGCUCCCCGGAUUCUCUGCACUACCUCAGUCCUGAUGGGGUAAACCAGUACCUCAGUGCAAUCUGGUCUGUGGGCCUUGUGAUCCAGGAUUAUGACAUGGAUAAAUUGUUUCCUGCCUUUGGAUUUGGUGCUCAGGUGCCUCCAAAGUUUGAGGUGUCGCAUGAGUUUGCUCUAAAUUUCAAUCCCAGUAACCCUUACUGCAAAGGAGUGGAGGGCAUCGUACAGGCGUAUCGCGGUGUUCUGCCACAGGUGCGUCUGUACGGCCCAACUAACUUUUCCCCCAUCAUCAACCAUGUGGCUCGUAUCGCUGCAACAGCAGCUCAGCAGCCAACUGCAGCGCAAUAUUUCGUGCUGUUGAUCAUAACGGACGGAGAGAUCACUGAUCUGGACCAGACCAAGCAGGCCAUAGUCAACAGCUCCAAGCUCCCCAUGUCCAUCAUUAUUGUGGGUGUUGGUGAGGCAGACUUUAAGGCCAUGGAGGUACUGGAUGGAGAUAACGGUGUCCUUAAAUCUCCCACCGGCGAACAAGUGGCAAGAGAUAUAGUACAGUUUGUGCCUUUCAAAGACUUUGUCAAGGCUCCCAGAGAAGCUCUGGCCCAAAGUGUUCUUGCUGAAGUGCCCAAUCAGCUAGUGUCUUACUUCAAGAUGAGGAAUCUGAGCCCUGUCAACCUUCCUGCUCCUAGAAAGUAGAGGCAGGUGUUUGCAAGAUCAGAAGGACCACUAAGUUCAGGGGAAAAAUUAUGAAGACCUUUUUGUAUUAUGCAAUGAAAAUAAUGCAUAGCACAAUAGCCUUCCUUAGCCAUAUUUUCUGUUUACCUUUUCUGCUCUUUCACUGUGUUUACACUUUCCAACUGAACUUUCUUCAAAUGUUAAAGCGAUCAUCAGUGAUGGUUUUCAAGUUCUGGAUUAUAGACUUAGAAAUGGAUUAUGUCGUCCCUCAGUCACUAUUCAGUUCCUACAAAACAGCAUUAUGUAUGUUAAAUCACACUUAAAAUGUUUUGGUCGAUUCUUUCUUCCAUUCUUAUGCAUCUUUGUGAACUUCAUGACUCUUUUGAUGACAUCACAUUUUUGCAUCCACAUCAGGAUACAGAUAGUCCUUCAGCAUUCCAGCUUCAUGACAAACUUUUUUUAAAUGGAUAUUUUAAGGAAACAAUUAUAAAUGGUAUAAAUUUUAUAUUAGCCUGAUAGGGCUUUGAGCUUCACAAUGUUGUUAAUAACAUUAAAAUGCUCAGUGUAUCAUGUAGUUGGAAUUGCAUCUUUGGCCUUUUCUUGGAAGUUCAUUGUAAAAAGCAAUCACUACAUUCAACAUGCUGCGCUGCUCAAGCAACGCAUUUUAAAGGGAACAGGAAUGUUUUAUUGAUAGUUCUUAUUGAUUUGUGUUGCAUAACUUCAGUUUCCCCAGCUGUAGGCAGUGAAAAAUCUAGCCUUUUUUUUGUAGAGUGCAUUCUACAAAAGAACCAAGCUGAAUUUGUCACAUUUGUGGCAUGGCCAAUCGCUAUCAUUUAACAGAAGCAUGUCAGUUACUGUCAGAAUGAAAUAUUUUAUCUUGCAUAGCAGUAGGACUGCCCAAACAUGUAUGAAUCUUGGAUGCUGGCCUAAAAUUAAUUGCACUUUCUAGUUCAUUUAUGGCAUUAAUGCUGACUAUGACUAUCAUGUACACCAACAAUUUUUCAAUGUUUAGCAGAGCCUAGAGCCAAAUUAGAGCUUAUGAAAUUCCUUCCAUUAUAGUAAUGCACUUGGUUUUACAUUAUAUAAACGACCACUUUAAACUUUAAUCCACUUUAUUUAGGUCUUGGGGCCUUAUCUCUUUUAAAUAAUAUUCGUUGCACUUCUCAAUCACUAUAGAUUCUGAAAGAUUCCCUGUGUUUUUAAUAAUUACCCUGUCUAACUUCCCUAAUGUGUAUAAAUACCAACUAUUUGUGUAGCUCAUUUUCUGCACUUUCUUAAAAUGGUCACCAGAACUGAAACACCAGCACUCUGCAUAAUGACUGCAAUCAUGUAGCUCAAUCAGUAUAUUAGCCCCCCCAGCUAUGCAAAUGUUUGCACCUUGACAUGCCAUAAUCAAAGUGUCAGAUAUUCUACACACAGUAUAUUUACACUUAUACAAGAUUAACCAAUGCUUUUUGGAUACAUGCCUUAAACAGUAUGCCUCGAGAUCAUCAUAAUUGCUGUUAGUAACUUUCUGUCUGUAGAGACUGGUGUGAAUGUUUGAAGAUAAUGAUUGUUUGACAGGAUUUUUCAAAUACUUCCUCUGUUAUGUGCUUUACUGUGUGUGUGUGAGUAUGAAAAAUGCCACUCAAUAGUUAUCACUUGCAUCUCUUGACUACAAGUUCUCAUCUUUGUGCCUUUUUUUCCCUUAAUUUUUUUCAAAUAAAUAAACUCAGCUAAGCUGAA